AUGUCCACACCCACCGCCACCGAAGUAAAACUGGACAGAUUCCCACACUUGUACAUCAAGCUCGACACACCGAAAGGCCGCGGCGUCUUCUCCAAUACCCCAGUCCCCCCAGGAACAAUACUCGACAUCUGCCCCGUCCUCCUGCUCUCCCCAGCCGAAACCGUACACCACAUCGCCCACACCACCAUGAACCACUAUACCUACAACUGGCCCCUCCGCACCACCAAAAACACUCCUUCUUCAAAUGCGAAAACGCAGGCCGUCGUCCUCGGCCUAGGCUCAAUGUUCAACCACUCCCGCUCGCAUCAAAACGUCGUCUGGGAGCGCGAUCUCGAGCGGCAGGUCAUCGUGUAUCGCACCUCGCGCUGGGUGGAGGAGGGUGAGGAGCUGUGUAUUAGUUACGGGGAUCGGUUGACCUUUGAGGAUGCGGAGGAGCGGGCGGAUGGUGUCCAGAGUGAUGAGGACGAGGUACUUGAUAAGAUAGACUUGGGAGCGUUUAGUUGA